AUGACUCUUCAACCAACACCUGCCGAUAUCGGUGCUAUGUACGAUGAGUACACCAGCCUCUUCACCGAUGUCAUGGCAGGAUUCAUCCACGUCGGAUAUUGGGAAGACCCCGAAAGGCAGGACACAAUGGAGGUAGCCACUGGACGAAUGACUCAAGAAGUCGGCGAGCGACUUUCCUCCUCAAAGGGCCACCAAAUCCUUGAUGUUGGCUGUGGCACUGGUAAAUCUGCCGUUCAAAUUGCCACAGCGCAUGAUGUUCAAGUCACUGGCAUCACCGUCAGCAACCACCAGAUCGAGGUUGCUCAGAACCUGUACGAGAGCAACAUCAAGGCUGGCCAAGUGAAAUACCAGUACGCAAACGCCAUGGACAUGCCAUUUGCCGAUGCCACCUUUGAUGGCGCCUAUGCCAUCGAGUCGCUGGUCCACAUGGACGACAGACGGACCGCACUUUUGAACAUUGCGAGAGUUCUUCGGCCCGGUAGCAAACUUGCUAUUGCGGACUUACUUCUCGACUCUGAUUGUCCUAACCCUGAGGCCCUUGCGCGAUUCCACGAGCUGUUCCAGGUUCCUACUAUGCCCUCUGGUGAGGAACUACAAGCCCUCCUCCGUGCGACUGGCUUCAAGGUCCUCGAGUUCACCGACAUCAGAGAUAAUGUCCGACCUGUUUGUAAAUUCCUGGAGCAAAAGGCUUUGUCACUUGGUGGCGAGGUUGGGGACAAGCUUCUGGAAAUAGCAACAAGCAUGGCAACGCUGAAAGAGCUUGGUUAUGCAUUCAUUACCGCAGAACGCAUAUAG